GGCAAUAACAUGGUUUCCCAGUGGCUGUUUAUGUUUACUUAAAGAACAUCUCCGAAAAGGGCGUUUUAGAAGACACAGCUUUGUUUUCUGUUUUAAUUACAGUUUUUUUGGACCUUAAGUUUUUUUAUGUUAAGAUUUACAAGGCCAGUGGCAUGUAAAUCUAAUCACUAAUGUGCCAGUCUCACAAAUGGAAAGGGGGUUUCACUUUGGAAACGUGAGCAUUUCCCUGGUGCUCCUCUUGUUGCUGAAAGCGAUCAUCGGAUUCGGGACUUCGCAAGCUCAGGGCUCCGCCAUCGGGAGGGUGCCGCAGUCCACAACCGGGGGUUCAGGUUCGACCGCGGCGGAAGAUGGUGCAGGAGUCAUGAAGCGUGGCUUGGAGAACGUAGGCACCUCGGUCAUUGGAGCAGACGUUACCGUGGAGGACGACGACAAUGGGUCAGCGGCAGAGGCAGACGAAUCACAUGGAGAAAGUAACGGAAGCGUCAGAAAGACGAGGUCUCUGGUAAUCAUCAGUACCCUGGAUGGACGGAUCUCUGCUUUAGAUCCUCACAACCAGGGCAGGAAGCAGUGGGACCUAGAUGUCGGUUCAGGUUCCUUAGUGUCCUCCAGCCUCAGCAAACCUGAGGUGUUUGGCAAUAAGAUGGUAAUACCUUCCCUGGAUGGUGCCUUGUUUCAGUGGAACCGGGACAGAGAGAGCAUGGAGGCAGUGCCUUUCAGCGUCGAGUCUCUGCUGGAGUCGUCAUAUCGCAUUGGAGAGGACACAGUCCUGGUCGGGGGGAAAUCCCUCACCACCUAUGGCCUGGGGGCCUACAGUGGCAAGCUUCGGUACAUCUGCUCUGCGGGGGGCUGCAGUCGCUGGGAAGAGGAUGAGGUGGAGACCGAAGAUGUGCUCCUGCUGCAGAGGACUCAGAAGACUGUGCGAGCCAUCAGGCCCCGAUCGGGGAUGGAGAAGUGGAACUUUAGUGUCGGAAACUUUGAGCUGAAACUCGUUCCGGAGAUGCAGCCUGGAAUUCCCUUCCUGGAGGGCGAACUAGCAAAUGGUGACAGCUGGAAGGAGAGUCAGUGGGUCAUCGCUGAUGAGCCAACAGAGAAACGGCAGGCCGAGAACCACCAGAAUCAAAACCAGCAUUUGGACCUAGUUAUCAAAGUGUCUGUUCCUGAUUGGAAGGUCAUGGCUUUCAGCACCGGGCCUGAUGCACAGCUGGUCUGGGAACAUCAGUUCUGCACUCCCAUCGCCUCAGCUUGGCUGGUGGGUGGUGGUAAAGUUACGCCAAUCAGCCUGUUUGACGACACCACCUACAGCAGCCCGUCCGAAACAGAGGAAGACGAGGAAGAUGAAGAUCCAGAGAAAGCGCGGGAAUCUGCAGAGUCCUCCAGUGUUUACCUAGGGAUGUUUCAGGGGCAGCUCUACCUUCAGUCAUCGGUAAAAAUCACGGAAAAAUUUCCCUCCAAAGCCAUCGGUUCAGAGAAGGACAUAAUUCCACUACCCACCGUCAAAUGGAAGCCUCUAAUACAUUCUCCAUCUCGGACACCAGCUCUGGUCGGCUCUGAUGAAUUCGACAAGUGUCUAAAUAACGACAAGUUCUCCCAUGACGAAUACAGCAAUGGAGCCUUGUCCAUCCUCCAGUAUCCAUACGACAAUGGCUACUACUUCCCCUAUAGCAAGCGUUACCGGGAGAAGCGUGACACCGCCAUAAGUCUGAUAAAUGGAAACGGGGCAGGAGGUGAGAAUCGAAGAAGAAAGGAUCCCGUGCUGCUAUUACCCUGGUGGAAGGAGAUUCUGGGCACCAUCAUCUUUUGCAUUGCCACCACCACUUACAUUGUACGCAAGUUUUUCCACCCUCCUGCUCCUGUGGCCUACGUGAGGCAACGGAAAGAGUCGGAGACACAGUGCCAGACAGACAGCAAGUUUGACCUUGAAGUUGUGGAAUCCAAAGAGCCGGUUGCCAUGGAGACCCGUUCCAGCGAAUAUGUGUCCAGGUACCUGACAGACUUUGAGCCAGUGCAGUGCCUCGGCCGUGGGGGAUUUGGCGUCGUGUUUGAAGCCCGCAACAAAGUGGACGACUGCAACUACGCCAUCAAAAGAAUCCGCUUGCCCAAUAGGGAGCUGGCCCGGGAGAAGGUGAUGCGAGAGGUGAAGGCUUUAGCAAAGCUGGAGCACCCGGGGAUCAUUCGCUACUUCAACGCCUGGCAAGAGAGCCCUCCUGAGGGCUGGCAGGAGGAAAUGGACCAGAGGUGGCUGAAAGAUGCAAGUACCACUGACUGGCCAAUGAGCUUCCUCGAUCACAUGGAGGCUCUGUCAGUCAAAGUACCCGUGUCCAGCUCAGUGUCCCCUGUCCUCAGCCCUCAAGGAGAUGCUCGUGAAGCAUCAGCCGAAGAUCAGGUGCUGUUUUCCAGCAGCACAGGCAGCAUUGUGGGCUUUGGCGCCGACCUGUCCUUCCCCCCGCUGCUGGGCCACGACAGCCUAAUGUCUGAGAGGGACAGCCAGGCCGACCCUGACGCGUCAGACACCCCCCACUCGUUCGAGCUCUGCCCUCCCCGCGGUCCCAGUGACUGCACUUCCUCUUCCUUUGACAUUGUGUUCGAGGAUUCGGGCUGCGAUCGAGAUGCCGACGCAGACACGGACUCUGGCUCUGGCCCAGCCAGUCCUGGCACGGUGACGGAGAAGAACAGUUCGUCCUCGUCACACACCAGACGACAGGAAUCCGUCCCCCCCGCCUCUUCCUCUCCUCCUCGGCCAACCUCGCUCGCCCUGGCUCUCCCCACAACUCCUCCAAACCAGCGGGUUCAGCCUUCACCUAAGGUCUACCUGUACAUCCAGAUGCAGCUCUGUCGGAAGGAGAACCUGAAGGACUGGAUGGCUCAGCGCUGCCUGCCGGAGCAAAGGGAGCACAACCAGUGUCUGGACAUCUUCCUGCAGAUUGCAGAAGCUGUUGACUUCCUGCACAGCAAGGGGCUUAUGCACAGGGACCUCAAGCCCUCCAACAUCUUCUUCACCAUGGACGACGUAGUGAAAGUGGGAGACUUCGGCCUGGUGACGGCGAUGGACCAGGAGGAAGAUGAAGAUGAACCAAGCGCCCUCACGCCUGCCCCACUCCUCACCCGCCACACGGGCCAGGUCGGCACCAAACUCUACAUGAGUCCAGAGCAGCUCUCUGGAAACUCCUACUCUCAUAAAGUGGAUAUUUACUCUCUGGGUCUGAUUCUGUUUGAGUUGCUGUAUCCUUUCAGGACUCAGAUGGAGAGAGUGAGGACACUGACAGAAGUGAGAGUACUGCGCUUCCCAGAGGUUUUCUCCAAAAACAAUGUUCAGGAGCUGGCCAUGGUCCACAGCAUGCUGUCACCGAACCCCAACAAGCGUCCCGAGGCGGCUGAUAUCACAGGGAUGCCCCUCUUCCAGGAGCUCGAGCUGCCUUGCCGAUUGGCCGUGAGGCAGCGCUCCCGCACUUACAGCGCCUCUUCGAUGGGCCGCCCCUCACGCCAGACAUCAACUAACUGAAAAUCGCACCUUACAACAUGUGACCCCCCACCCCACCCCCACCUUGUGGUCUGCCACCCUACAGAAACCCCUCGGUGCCCUGCCAUCCCAUUGCGCUUCGGACACAAUCACAUUGAACACUAAGAACAGCAGAUGUGCUGGAUGGCGUCGCGCUCUCUUUACGGUAGUGAGGCACAAAUCCUGCACAGCUACGUUUCUUAGUAAAUACACAUGCCGUUACAUUUUGUUGCCUAGGCUUCCAAUUUUAAUCUCGCUUACAAAUGAAGGGAUAUUUUAAAAGCGACAGCCGUUCUGUAACGUUCACUGCCAGGCUUGGCUCGAGUGGUACUUAGUACUUGCAAAUAAUUAUCAGUGGCUAUUUUAAAACAGCCCUGAUUACCUGACGGGCAGCGUUUACUGCAUCCAGACAGCUCGCAGUAGACUCGGCUUGUGAUUUAUUUCGCGGUGUUUACCUGUGAUUAUCCUAAAGCGUUGCCGUUCUCCUGACUUUGACAUGGCGCACUUAAGAAAUGGAGAUAAUUGACAGACGUGCUAAGAACAUGCUGCUUCCUCCCAACGUUCAGCCAGUGUUCACUCACUCACACUACACCUCAGGUAUCAAAACCAAGAGGACACUCCAAAGGGGCCUUUGAUGCUUGAUCAUCCUAUCUACUAGUGAUUUGUACUGGUCACUAGUACGAGCACUAAUUGGUGUUCUGACACCCAACAUGCCUGAUACGGGAGACCAAAAAAAGAGACCACUUUUUUUUUCCUGUUUUUGUUUUGUUUUUUUAAUGCGAGAAGGUGACGUGUUGCAUAGAAAGAGUUUAUGAGUCCUUUCCAUCAAAUAUGACUUGCCUUUAGAAAGGGCCUUUGGCCCCCUCUGAAUGAAUGCUGAGCCUGUGGCUCUUGUCCUUUUGCAUGUACCUGUUAGGAAAAUGAAGGGGUGAAUGUGAGUUUAUCUUAAAGCCAGUAACUGGACAAAGUUUUUUUUGUGUAAAUUCUACACAAUGACUCUGAGGUGCUCAAUCAUUUUCUAACACCUCCUCUUUGCUCUCUGUACAGAACUGAAGAGAAAACCCUGUUUAUAUGCUUUUCUUUGUAAUUCUGAAGACCAAUCUUGUACAUAUUGUUGCUUGUAAAUGGCUUUUUCAUUAAGCAACUGUAAGAUAGUGUGAUAUACUGUGAGAGAGGAAACAAAGAGGAGACGAUCUCUGAUAGCUGAAUGUUACUGCGUGACCUCCAGAGACGAGAUGAUGGUGGUUGCCUCUUUGAAAUUAUUCUCAGUGUUUGUUUUCACACGUUAGGGGACCCAAGUGGAAGGGGUUUGCCGGAGGAGAAUCUGCAUGAACCAGAGUGCCAUUUGAAAGUCAGUUAAGUGUACUUUUCUUCGACGGAUAACUCGCCUCACGUUUUCGGAAUUGUGCUACUGUGCUCCGACCCCAUCCAGCUGGUGUUCCCAGCGAAGCACAAAAACACAAAUACUGAGGUCUGCAGCCCUCCUGUGAUGCAGAAAAAUAGCAUUUAGCUAAUAAGUCGAUACUGUCGAUACCCCUCUACACUGUGUACUGGGGGACCUGGACCUGAUGUUGGUUAUGUGAUCCACAUUUUUUUAUGUGCAUUAGAAGUGCUGAAUCACAUGACCCAUUUGUAACUACACACACUCACUAAUUGUAACAUGCUUUCAAUGAUUGUACUUUUUUAAGGCUCUUGUCUUUUUCUUUUCUUUUUUUUUUAAAGCACAGUUUUUUGAUUAUCUUCAGGGUUUUUGAUUACUGUAAAAUCCUGACUGUUACAGGAAGUCAUAGUGAUGUUUGCUCAUCCAUCCACUCAGCUCACUGAAGACGAGCCAUUCAUGUCCAAAUCCAAUUCUCUCUACGAUGAUUAAAACGAACUGUAAACUCACCACGACAGAGGUGGAAAUUGCUUUGUUAAGGACUGUAUAAAGAAGGUGUUCUUUCUUCACACCUUUUGUAGACUAAAUGUUUCAUAUCUGAUUCAGACAUUUGAUUCAGGGCAAAUUCUUCUAGCGGAGAAAACGUUUCGUCCCCUGUUUUAAUUCCAGAGUGAACUGUGAUUAUUCAUGGACAAGGAUGGGGACUGUAAUCACCUACAGCAGGAGAUGGCUUGUCAUCUUUAUACCAUUAAUACUGAAAACAGCAUUAUAGAGUAUUGUCAGAGGUUCUGCGCUUUUCCCUCUUUUCUGUCAAUCCAAGAAAAUGUGAUUACACUGUAGGUCUUCUCUCACGCUUUGUUAAAUCGUGUUUCUCCUCCUUCCACUCCAGUCAUCCGGAUGGUUUCGUUGAAAAGUCAGACCCUUCUCCUCAGCGUCUGAUCUCUCCUCCUAGACAUGUAGUUGCGUGUUCUUGUGCACAACUCCCAUGUUAAAUUGUAAAUAUGUUCAUUUGCUUUAUUUAUGUUUUUGAUGCCGUGAUCAAUCCUUUUGGGGUUGGUGUUAUUACGAAUGUGCUUCACGCGAUGGAGUGCAUUGGAAUAUGAUGACUUCUUAAAAGUCUAAAUUUAAUAAACUGUUCUA